AUGGACGUUUCGAGGGGCUUCUUCGGGAAGCUGCGCGCUCUAGCCCUCACGCUGGAGAAGGAGGCGAAGCAGCUCGAGCGGGCUCUGCACGGGGAGGAGCCGGACUAUGAAGAUGAAUCUCCAGUAAGAGUCUUACACGACCUGCAUUGUGAAGUCAGGACUUUGAAGGGAGAUGUUAACACCAGUCUUACUAAGAGUUGCUCUGAAAGGCAAGAAAUUCAUGACUUUAUGAAGGCGAGUGAAAUACUGAUGCAAAGAAAUGCAGCAGAUCUUGGAAAAAUAAGAGAAGUGUUCCAGAAAUAUGGCUAUAAACCACCUGUCAAAGACUCCACAGAUGAGGAAGAAGAGGAGGAAAUUAACAGUCAAUCAAAUGUGUCUGUCCAGAAUAAAUCUGAUCAAGAAAAAGUAGAUGAUGCGUCUCAUCUUCCUGCUUGUACUGAGAAGCCACUGGUCCCCAGAGACCCUCUGCGUAACCCCCAACUUUCUGAUUUUGGUCUUUCACAAUAUGCUUUCUCCAGGUCUUGGAGUACAAUGAAUGCACAUCAAGAAAAUUCAAAAAGCAGGACUCCCCUAAAAACAGAGCCCCCCUCUAUUUUGCCCAAAACACCAAAAUGUAUGCUAAGGAUGGAUGACUAUGAGUGUUUAACACCAAAACUUGAACAUUUUGGCAUUAGUGAACAUACCAUGUGUAUGAAUGAAGAUUAUACAAUGGCGCUUAUUCAUAAAACUGCUCAGACAAGCAAAAACUUGUCUAAGAAAGAGGAUCAUGAGGUGAAUGUAGCAGAAAUGACAUCCAGGGAAAUCAUGGUUACUCCAGGGCCAAAACCAAAAGAGACUGAUGGGAAUGCUGAUUGUAUGGCUUCUCCUCUGAUACCUGUAUUCUGUACACCGGGUGUGAAAAUCCCUUCCAGAACAGAUGGUACAAUAUUAUCAGAAUCACCAGAGACAAAUGAAGUACUUCUUCCUACUCAUACAGGAACACCGCAACUUCCAGAUUUUGAAACAAGAUGGCUAAAAAUAGAAACUAAGGUACAUGUAAAGCAGGGGGAAAAGACUGAAUCAGUGACAGAAAAUGAUGCAACAAAUAAGCUAUACAUAGAAGAUAGCAUUCCGUCUGCUGUAAGCUCUGAUGAAUAUCUUAAACAUUUUGAAGACCCUUCUCCUCCCAAAAUAAAGGACUAUGAGCAUUUAAUUCGUACUCCUCCACCACCAGAAAUAACCAGAAUACCAGAAGACAUUCUACAGAUUCUUUCAAAGUAUAAUCAAAAAAUAGACUCUUCUAAAGCCAGGAAGAUGGAGACCAAAACAGGAAAUACUACAAGAUUUGAAAUUGGUAUCACAGAUUAUUGCAACAAAGAAAACAGAGGAUAUCCUGCAUUUAUCAAGCCAAAUAUUUGAAAACAAGCUGGAGAUGAUGCUGAGCCUGUUUUACACUCAUGGAGCUUAUGACUGAAUUGU